AUGCCAUUCACAAUGACGUUACCAGAACAUUCGCCUGUGUGGUAUGAGCAACAGUGUUUUUCUACUCAUACACCGUUACUACUAGAAAAUUUGUAUGCUUAUCUUUCAAAAACACAAAUGUUUUCUAUCAAAGCAUGUAGACAGUUAGAAGAUAAGUUUAAUUCGAUAUUUCGUGUGGAUGAAAUUUAUGGUGCAUUGAAAUUAUCACCAGUUUAUUUGAAAAAAGUUAAACAAUGGUUAAAUAAUGAUGAACAAUUAAUUGCACAAAUUAGAAAUCAAAAAAUAUUGAAAGUGUACAAUCGUUAUACACAUGAAGAAAUGAUUUAUAAUUCCAUUCGUGGCAAACGUCCUCAAUCAACAAGUGAACUAUCACCAGAAAACUAUACAAUGAAACUGAUGAAAGAUACAAUGAAAACGUGUGAUUUUUGUGAAAAAAAUUAUCUAAGUUCAACAGCUGAAGACUCAUUCGGUCGUUUAGAAAGUAAAUUAUCUUACACUGCUGCAAACACGUUUAAAUAUGAUCGUUGGCACACGUUGAUUGUGAGUCGUAAUCAUGAUACAUUACAUUUGACACAAGAUGAAUUGGAAGAUAUGUUCGAAUUAUCUAAAAAAUGGUUUAAAAAAGCUCAUGAUCUUGAACGAGAAUAUAUGUAUCCAGAAAUGAUAUGGGAUGCUAUGCCAAAAGCGGGUGCUAGUCAAAUACAUACACACAUUCAAGUUAGUUUGGGUAAAGAUUCAUAUUAUGGUGUUAUUGAACGAACAAGACAAGGUGCCAAGCAAUAUUCAAAAGAUCAUUCCCAUAGAAAUUAUUUCAGUGAUUAUUUACAAACACCGUUGAAAGAUUUAGAAGUGAUGAUCAUGGGUGAAAAAUUAAAUAAGCAUUUUUAUCGUGCUAUACAUCUCUUAUUUCGAGCAUUUAUUGACGAUAUGAAUGAAUAUAGUUUCAGCUUCGGGAUGCAUUUACCUCCAAUGAAUGAAGCAUUUGUUUCUAAUAUGCCAGUUCUAUGUCGUACUGUAUUUCGUAAUCCAGUUACGAAUCUUCGAUCUGAUAUGAACGGACUUGAUUUAUACACAAGUUCUGUUGUUGGUAAAGAUCGUUAUGUAUUAUUUCGAAAAUUAAAAUCAAGUAUUGAAAACCGUUUAUAA